UUCCCUUCUGCAAACCAAGAUGGCGGCGGGCCAAGGUAGAGAGGAGCUUGUUCGUGGACAGGCUUUUGAUGUAGGACCACGAUACAGUAACUUGAGUUAUAUUGGAGAGGGAGCAUAUGGAAUGGUGUGUUCAGCGAAUGAUAAUAGUACAGGACAGCGUGUCGCUAUCAAGAAGAUCAGUCCAUUUGAGCAUCAGACCUACUGUCAGAGAACACUUCGAGAAAUCAAGAUUUUACGACGAUUCAAACACGAAAAUAUCAUAGGUAUUUUGGACAUAAUUCGUGCGCCGACUAUACAGGAUAUGAGAGACGUCUAUAUUGUUCAAACCCUAAUGGAGACUGAUUUGUACAAGCUACUCAAGACACAGCAACUUAGCAAUGAUCAUGUCUGCUACUUUCUCUACCAAAUCUUGAGAGGGCUCAAGUAUAUUCAUUCAGCCAAUGUUCUUCAUCGAGACUUGAAACCAAGUAAUCUGCUUCUGAAUACUACUUGUGACUUAAAGAUUUGUGAUUUUGGUUUGGCUCGAGUUGCUGACCCAGAACAUGAUCAUACAGGUUUCUUGACUGAAUAUGUAGCAACCAGAUGGUACAGAGCUCCUGAGAUCAUGCUGAACUCUAAAGGAUACAGCAAAGCUAUUGAUAUCUGGUCAGUAGGGUGUAUUCUGGGUGAGAUGUUAGCUAACAGGCCUCUCUUUCCUGGAAAACACUAUCUUGAUCAGUUAAACCUUAUUCUCAAUGUCCUGGGCUCUCCAAGUGAGGAUGACCUGUCAUGUAUUAUGAAUGAAAAGGCCCGUAGCUACCUGAAAUCUCUUCCUUAUAAGCCAGUUGUGUCCUGGGGUAGGAUUUACCCUAAUGCAGAAGAAAAAGCUUUGGAUCUAAUCAACAAGAUGCUGGCAUUCAAUCCCAACAGAAGAAUAACAAUUGAGGAAGCUUUAGCACAUCCAUACUUGGAGCAGUAUUAUGAUCCCCAAGAUGAGCCUAUUGCUGAGGAACCAUUCAGGUUUGAAACAGAACUGGAUGAUUUACCAAAAGAGAAACUUAAAGAGCUAAUUUUCCAAGAAACAGCUCACUACCCAUCAUCUGGUGCCUCCAGAUCAUAAGGGCUGGUGAUAGCAUUGAUUGGUGAGACUGGUUGACAUGGUAACAGAUGAAAAUGGCCUGAAUAAAUAAAUCAUUUUUAAAAGCUAAUGAAAAAGGCUUCUAUGUCAAAAAAUAUAGCGUAUCCAUUACAAUUUAUAGUUUUCAUUACUUCAUGUGUAUUUGACACAUAUCCAUGGAGUUUAUAGCCAGCAAGCCCAAACCAAAGUUGAUUUCAUAAGCAUGAAUAUGAAACGAUUCUUUGCGUGUUUAUCAUUUAUGUUAGACGCAAUAUGAUUUUUUUGACUAUAUUAUCAGAUUGUUUUAAAUACCCUAGUUUUGACAAGUGAUUAAACUCAAAAAAUUAUUAAAAUGUUGAAUCCGAAGUAAUUUCACAUCCAUCUAUGUAUUACUUUCAUUAUUGUUUUUGGCUUGCUGUCUUCUUGUAAAGAAAUAAUUAUUUGAAUAUGCUAAUCACUUUUUGUCCAUGAAUCAUAGUUAAGAACUAUUUUCAAGUAAGAAAUUUUGCAUAACUUUAUCAGUGAAAUAUAAUGUUUUGCUUUUGAUUCAUGAUGAGUGCAUUACAACAUGAAUGUACAAUAAAUGAACUUGAUAUAAAUUUAAUAAUGUAUGAAUAGAUUAUAAGUUAAUUGAUAGUGCAAUGGAAGCAAUGUGGUUCAACAUUUAACAUAUUCAUGAGGCCGAUAUGAGAGCGAUAAAGGAGUUUUGGCUCAACCUUCAAGAAGCAGGGAUAUUGUUUAAGGUGACAUCAGAAAGGAACAUGUGACAGUUACAUUGCUGACUUGUGUGAUGUAUUUUCCAACUAUACUUUCCUAUUUAGUUCUCAUAUAGGAGAAUUGUCUUGUAGGAUUCAUAUCUGACCUUGAACUUGUUUUGUGGCUAAGAGAUAACAGCUGAUUAAGUACUCAAAGGCGUACAAACAAUACUUAUUAUAUCACCCUUCUAAACCCAUAAAACUACCCUCCAAGGAAGUUCAAGAAAAGGUCUCAUCUCAGACCCUUUGAGAUGUGAUUUUAUUCAAAUUAAAUUGUACAAGACAAACUAGCAAAUGCACGCUAAUAAUGAAAUUUUGUAUGUUUGAAGAUUAGAUUUAACAACAAUCAAUUGUACAAUUUCUAAUUUGGCUAUUGAUAUGUGUAUUAGCUAUAAACACCUACUAGAGACAAUCGUGAAAGUCUUGACUUAUUGUACAAGAAAGCUGUGGUCUAGGAGAAGUCCAAACAACUUUUUUGUUCCAAGUAGAUAAUUAUUGUAUAUAGGUAGUAGUUAUUUACUUUUGUAGUAGUUUUGGGUGAGUUGUCCCUUCUCUGAGACAACUUCAAUAAAAAUAUUUGCAACCUAUCUAGGUUCUAUUGAAA